UCGAGCCCCUCUGGCUUCCAGUUGCGAUCAGAUCGUCCGAAGGAAAUAUCACGUCGUCGGGUACUUAGCGAAUUGGCCGCGUGGAGUGGAUAAAGUGUUAGUGGAGCAACAAAAAAUGGCUAAGAAAAUGUUCAGCAAUAUAUUGGUGGUGACUCUACUUGUACUCAGUACGGAUGUCGAAGCACGACCCUCCUCCACGGGUGGUGGUGGUGGUGAGGCGAACGUGGAUCCCAGCGAAUACCACGGCAAUCUGUCGGUGGAAACGGUGCUGAAAGUGCAGCAGUGCGAGAAGGACACCAACACGAUGGAGCUGUGCAUGCGGUGCGCCAAGGUGACCAAGUCGGAGUUCGUCUAUCCCAUGUGCUGCGGCAACGAAGAUGGCAUCAAGGAUUGGUGCAGGGAGUACGUGUACUUCGGCAACGAGUAGAUCCGGAAUGGGGGGCAGGAGGCGAUGGAAGCUGUGUAAAUUGGUUCGCGCUCCUGCAUGGAUUGGCUGUGAUAAACCCACUGUAUUUAUUUAAAUUAUAUUUAGGAAUAAACAAGGCUAAAUUAGCGUA